UUCAUACAUACGUCAUCACAUCGUAAUACGAUAAAUACGUCAUCAGCAAGCGUGGUGUCCAGCUGCGACUGAAGGCUGUCGUCGGCCCAAAUUUCAAGUAAACACUCGACUUCACUAUCGCACCAAUGUAAACUCACUCGUGAACCGCCUGCCGCCAUUGUUUAAAAUUAUUGUUGUGGGGAAGAAGGGCAUGGACCUAUAAAGAAAGAAGGGUCGCGCAAGGACUAUGUCAUCCAGCGCACGUUGCGUAUCCGCCAGUGUGCGCGGGUACAUCUCAUUAGCAUCUGUACUUUGGCCACAGCACAUCUCUCCCAAGUGAGCACUGGUGCCGUGGCCAAGGGGCUGUUCCGUGCUGGAAUACGGAUGGCGUGGUCACACUAGCCAAAAGUUAUAGACUUUAGUAUGCAAAUGAGCUCGGGCAAGGGGCCGCGGCCCUAGUGUGAGUGGCCCCUGAAUAUGCAUCUCUGGAGAUCAAGACCCCCCCAGACCACACAAACCCUAAAACCAAACCCUAACCCUAAAACCAAAACCACUAGUCAGACCAUUUUAGACAUUAUUAAGACAAUAAUCUGUAUCAAUUUCUCGAAAGAUAUAUGUGUGCGGUAAUAGAUCACAGUUUUGAACAGGGGUCCCUUUAGGGAAUGCAAGUUGAUGGUGGUUAAGACCCCCCCCCCCCAAAUGAUAAAUAGGUUAACUGUAUAUGAACUAUUGUACUUCAUAAAUGUGGUUAAUCGCAAUCUGUAUGUUGAUAUGUAUUUUGUAAAGUGUCUACAUAUUUUAACAUUAAAAAAAAGGAAAUUGAGUGAAAACAUUUGUUUGGUCUUUUGUCAGAAAUCCCCCGCUACCUCACAUGUGCAUGUCGGGGGACAACCCGAGGGGGUGGUGAUCCUAUGGGCCUAGCCAAUGAGGCUGCCACCUUUGGGGAAAAAAAAAAGAAAAGAAAAAAAAAAGUAUCCCUAUUAGCUUUCAAUAAAAAGAUUAAGCAUAUUAUGAGUAACAUCUGCCUUUGAAGUCACACCACCAAGAUGCUAUGAGUAACUUGAUAUUGACUUGUGCUACACCUGUAGGGUAAGAGGAAACAUCCUGCCUCGUCUCGGGUAAAUAAAGACAGUGCCAAGAUGCUCUGAAGUAAAUGGCAAGAAUAAAAGUAUCUCCAUGCCUCCAGUCAAUAUGUAAAUGCACCUGCUAGGCACCUGCCUAGUCAUACACACCGGCACACUUUAUUGUAAACUUACAGAUGAGGACAGGAUCUACUUGCAAUGAAUACCAUGACCAGCGUUAAGCACACCAUGGAUUACAUGGUUUAGGAGCUAAGCAUUGAUAGUCAUUGUUUUAAAAAGAGCCACAUUCUUGGCGCAGUUGUUUCAGGGCCUGAUCAUGAUUGACUUUGGAGAGAUCCUCAGACAUGUCGGAGAAUUGGGAUUAUUUCAGAAGCUGCUUCUACUCGCCCUUUCGUUCCCGAAUAUGAUCCUGUCUUUAAACUACGGGAGUUUGCUCUUUGUGGAAUCAGACCCGGAGCGCCACUGUAACACAGACUGGAUCCUGGGUGCCGGUCCCAACCUGACAGAAGAGGAGCAGCUACACCUUACCGUUCCCCGCGAGCCGGAUGGCUCCUUCAGCCGCUGUCUGAUGUACGCUCCGGUGGACUGGACACUGGACUCCAUCCGCCGAUACGGCCUCAACCACACCACUGCCUGCCGGGACGGAUGGGUGUACGAUCAGACCCUGUACCAGGCCACCAUAGUCACUGAUUUUGAUCUUGUUUGUGACCAAGCUAACCAGGAGAAGAUCGCACAGACAGUAUUAAUGUCUGGAUAUCUUCUUGGCUCCCUCUUAUUUGGAUACUUUGCCGAGUCAAUUGGCCGGAAGCGUGCAAUACAAAUACCAACAGUGCUUUUGAUGAUCUUCAUUGUGGCAGCUGGAUUCUGUCCAAACUACUACCUUUACAUCGUCACCCAGUUCAUGUCUGGGGUCGGGAUGGGAGGCUACCGAGUCAACAGCAUUGUGCUUGUGACCGAAUGGAUGGGCACUGCCAAGCGGUCUCUUGGCUUGUGUGUUUGUCAAAUAUUUAAUUCUCUUGGAAGCAUGUCCCUGGCGGGCAUCAUGUACCUGAUCCGGGACUGGAGGCAGGCGCAGCUGGCCAUCGCCACCCCCAUGGCCCUGGCGGUCAUCUACAUAUGGUUUAUUCCCGAAUCAGCACAAUGGUUGUUGAAGCAGGGGAAGACAGAGGAAGUGAAAAAGCUGAUUCUUAAAGCGGCAGCCAUCAACAAACAAACAGUUCCAGAAUCUCUCCUGGAUAAGAUUUCUGAGAAAACGAUUGAGGAGAAAGGCGUGAUGGACCUUUUAAUCCAAUCCUGUAUACUAAAGUAUUUCGUUAUCAUAACCUUUAUAUGGUUCUCCAUUAACCUCGCCUACCUGUGUGUUGUCUUCAACAUCUCCAACCUGGGACUGAACAUCUUCCUCACCCAGUUCAUGUUCGGCCUCAGCGAGAUGCCGGCCCACAUCCUUUGUAUCUGGCUGCUGGAGAUACGGGGCAGGAAGGUCUCCCUCAUGGCCACGGCUCUCCUCGGGGGAUUCUUCAGCUUCUUAGUCGUCAUGGUUCCCAGAGACCAAGCCCUCCUUGUUGGCGUCUUGGUCAUCACAGGGCAGUUUUUCUUGAUCUGGGGGAUGUCCAUAUGUCAUAUUUACAUCCAGGAGCUGUUUCCCACAUCCAUAAGACACACGGCCACGGGACUCUCCACCUUGGUGGUGAGGCUGGCGGGGCUGCUGUCCCCGCUGCUCAACCUGCUUGCGGUGUACCACUGGACCAUACCCAUCAUAGUGUUCAGCACCCUGGCCCUGGGGGGGGGGGCCCUCACCUUCAUGCUCCCAGAGACCCGGGUCGUGGACCCUCCGGACCCCCUCGACCAGAUGGAGGCCAUGGACCAAGAGGGCAAGCAGAAGUCGGACGACGGCUCGGGUGAAAAGACCAAGACGUAGUAGAAAUGUGUGUGUCAACGUUUGAAUGUUUUACAUUGUUAAAGGGCCCCUAUUUGAGGCUGAUGAUUACGAAAUGCCUCGUAAUGACGAGGUUGGAAAAAGGGAACCUUUAACUUUGUUGUGUCAUGAAUGUUGAACUGAUAAAUGUGUACAGAUUGUCCUGUUUUGAGAUUAUUAAUUGAAAAGCGGACACUUAUUGUGUGCAAUAACCGUAACUUGAAGUAGAGAUUAUGAGACCUUUUGGAGACACAGUUUCCAAACCUACAACAGUAAGGGUAUCCCUUCAGAAUAAGGCCACAUUAUUUAACCAUAUUUAACAGUAUUUAUUGCAGUAUAAAGCAUUAUUAUAUAGAAGUAGCAUCAGGGUUAGGGUUAAAGCUACGGUUAGUGUUCGGAUUAGGGUUAACUAAUCAUGUAUCACUCCUCUUUACAGGUAAUUCUAAUAACCAUUAAUUACAGUCUGAUCAAGCGGUUUUCUCGUUGGAAUCUCCCUUGCCACCAUAACCUUAUUUCACUGUUGCACAAUAAAUGGAAACAUACAGAUACAUGUACAUAAUACAAAGCAGCUGGCCUGCGGUAAUGUGAAGAUCUACACAAAGUAGAAAGCUAUUGUGCAGUAAAUGGUUUAUGUGUUGCUUGGUAACAAUCCAGUUGCAGAUCCUUUUCUGUUGACGGAACCAAAUAAAUUAGUAAAUAAACAAACAAAUCAUU